AAAUGAUUAAACCGCAGACAAUGAGAAAGUGACUGGUGUUCAUUCGUCAAGUAUCUUACUUAGAUAUCGAUCGUAAAUCAAUUAUCGAAGUAACGUUGCAACUGAAUUUUAAUUACAUUUAAUCCGUUGACAUUUUUAUAUCAUUUAUUUGCGAAAAAGAAAAAAAUCAGUAUGGAUCAGUACGUAACUUGUCCGUAUAACAGUAACCAUCGUCCAUUAAAAUUCAGACUUCAAUGUCAUUUGGCAAAAUGUCCAGAUAGAGACGAAAUCAAUUUUGAAACAUGCCCAUUCAAUGCCACACAUAUUUAUCGGAAAGGACAAAAAGAGAGUCACUUUGAAAACUGUGAAUCGCGUGGAGACCUUGAACGUAACGUAUAUCAAGUUGGAAACAGUUCAACAAGAAACAACGAAGUCUUGGCAAGAUCAAUGCCACCACCCCGAAUCAACAACGAGAAUGAAGAAAGUUGGGAUGAUUACGAUGCUCCAACAUACCAUCCACAACAGUAUGCAAUGAAUGCAAAUGUCUUGCGUAAUGCACCUCCUGCACCACCAGCUGAGCGUCGCAGAUUUGCUGAGAAUGAAAGAAGACGUUUGAGCGGAAUUCAACGUCGCCAAAAUUAAUGGACGAACCUAAUUUCAUUGUAAAAAUGAAAACUAAACGGCAAGACUCAUUGUCAAAACAAUUCACACAAAGUGUCUUUUUUAUAUCCUCUAUUACAUAUAAUCAAUCUAUAUUUCUUAUAAUUCUUGGUCGUUUAAUUUAAUCAAAAAAAUAAUUCAGGGAAAUCGUAACAAUUGGAUGAUUUAACAUUACUGAAUGUUUCGAACUUUUCCUAUUUUACGUAUUUUUCCGAUGGUAAUGUGUCAUUUAUAAAUUUGAAUAAAAUAUUUGGUAAUUGCAUUUUA